AUGAAUAACGCAGAAGAAAUCCUAAAAUCAAUCCAGAUAGGUUUAAAUGUCGCCAUAUUUCUUCGCAACACUGAUCGUGGCCUACGAGCGACUGAUUUAUUUAGUGAAUGUGCGAUUCUACUUCAAAUCCUUGGAAAUGUGUUUCAUUCCCUUGGGGAAUAUCAGAAGGCUAAAGAAUAUCACGAGAAAGCACUUGUCAUCGCGAAAGAAAUUGGUGACAGAGAUGGAGAAAGAACAGCAUACGGGAACCUCGGAUCUGUAUAUCAUUCCCUUGGCGAACAUCAGAAGGCUAAAGAAUAUUACGAGAAAGCACUUGCCAUCGCGAUAGAAAUUGGCGACAGAAAUAGAGAAGAAACAGUAUACGGGAAACUCGGUAAUGUGUUUCAUUCCCUUGGCGAACAUCAGAAGGCUAAAGAAUAUCACGAGAAAGCACUUGCCAUCGCGAUAGAAAUUGGCGACAGAAAAAAUGAAGGAAGAACAUACGCUAACCUAGGAGCUGUGUUUCAUUCCUUUGGCGAAUAUCAGAAGGCUAAAGAAUAUCACGAGAAAGCACUUGCCAUCGCGAUGGAAAUUGGCGACAGAAAUGUAGAAGGAACACUUAACAUGAACCUCGGAUGUGUGUUUCAUUCCCUUGGCGAACAUCAAAAGACUAAAGAAUAUUACGAGAAAGCACUUGCCAUCGCGAUAGAAAUUGGCGACAGAAAUGGAGAAGGAACAAGUAACAGGAUACUCGGAAAUGUGUGUUAUUCCCUUGGCGAACAUCAGAAGGCUAAAGAAUAUUACGAGAAAGCACUUGCCAUCGCGAUAGAAAUUGGCGACAGAAAAGGAGAAGGAUCAGUAUACGGGAACCUCGGAAAUUUGUUUUAUUAUCACGAGAAAGCACUUGCCAUCGCGAUUUUCAGAAAAGAAGAAGGAAGAAUAUCCCUCGGAUCUGUGUUUUUGUUCCCUUGGCGAACAUCAAAGGCUAUAGAAUGUUGCCGAAAGCACUUGCCAUCGCGAUAGAAAUUGGCGACAGAAAUGAAAAAAAGAGCCUCGGAGAUGAACAAUUUCAAAAGGCUAAAGAAUAUCACGAAAAGCCUCGGAUAGAAAUUGGCGACAGAAAAGAAGAAGGAAGAAGUAAUGUGACCCUCGGAUGUGUGUUUCAUUCCCUUGGCGAAUUUCAGAAGGCUAAAGAAUAUUACGAGAAAGCACUUGCCAUCGCGAUAGAAAUUGGCGACAGAAAUGGAGAAAGAACACAUUACGAGAGCCUCGGAGAUGUGUUUGUUUCUUUUGGCGAAUUUCAAAAGGCUAAAGAAUAUCACGAGAAAGCACUUGCCAUCGCGAUAGAAAUUGGCGACAGAAAAGAAGAAGGAAGAAGUAAUGUGACCCUCGGAUCUGUGUUUUGUUCCCUUGGCGAACAUCAGAAGGCUAUAGAAUAUUGCGAGAAAGCACUUGCCAUCGCGAUAGAAAUUGGCGACAGAGAAGUUGAAGGAAGAAGUAAUAGGUUCCUCGGACAUGUGUUUCAUUCCCUUGACGAACAUCUGAAGGCUAUAGAAUAUCACGAGAAAGCACUUGCCAUCGCGAUAGAAAUUGGCGACAGAGAAGUUGAAGGAAGAAGUAAUAGGUUCCUCGGACAUGUGUUUCAUUCCCUUGACGAACAUCUGAAGGCUAAAGAAUAUCACGAGAAAGCACUUGCCAUCGCGAUAGAAAUUGGCGACAGAGAUGGAGAAGGAACAAGUAACGAGACCCUCGGAUGUGUGUUUCAUUCCCUUGGCGAACAUCAGAAGGCUAAAGAAUAUCACGAGAAAGCACUUGCCAUCAAGAUAGAAAUUGGCGACAGAGAUGGAGAAGGAAGCAGUAACGAGAACCUCGGAACUGUGUUUCAUUCCCUUGGCAAACAUCAGAAGGCUAAAAAAUAUUUCGAGAAAGCACUUGCCAUCGCGAUAGAAAUUGGCGACAGAAGUAGAGAACGAAAAGUAUGCAGGGACCUCGGAAUCGUGUUUAAUUUCCUUGGCGAGUAUCAGAAGGCUAAAGAAUAUCACGAGAAAGCACUUGCCAUCGCGAUAGAAAUUGGCGACAGAAAAGAAGAAGGAAAAAGUAAUGGGAAUCUCGGAACUAUGUACCAUUCCUUUAGCGAACAUCAGAAGGCGAAAGAAUAUUGCGAGAAAGCACUUGCCAUCACGAUAGAAAUUGGCGACAGAAAUGGAGAAGGAACAGUUUACGGGGACCUCGGAUGUGUGUUUUAUUCCCUUAGCGAUUUUCAGAGGGCUAAAGAAUAUUACGAAAAAGCACUUGCCAUCAUGAUAGAAAUUGGCGACAGAAGAGGAGAAGGAAGGAUAUAUGGGCACCUCGGAGAUGUGUUUGAUUCCUUUGGCGAAAAUCAGAAGGCUAAAGAAUAUUUCGAGAAAGCACUUGCCAUCGCGAUAGAAAUCAGCGACAGAAAUGGAGAAGGUGCAGGACACUUUAGGCUUGGAUAUUUUAAUCAUGAUACGCUUCGAAAAAAACGAGAAGCUGAAAAACAUUUCAACAAAGCAGUCGGCAUCAGUAUAGCAGUCAGUGACAGAAAUCUAGAAGCCAGGGCUACUGCAAAUUUGGCAUCUGUCUUUUUUUCUGUGAAUGACCAUCAGAAGGCAAAAGAACACUGCGAGAAGGCGCUUACCAUCAGCAGAGAAUGUGGUUGUAGAAGAGUCAAAGCAGAGAUCUACCGAGGCGUUGGGGUAAUAUUCCUAUUGCUUGGUGAAUGUGACAAGGCAGAAAAUUAUUUAGAGAAAGCUCUCUCCAUAAGCAGACAAAUUGGAGACAAAAUGUCUGAGUUUAACAGCCUUUGCUUUAUUACAAUGUUAAGGUUAUCGCAGUCGGGGUAUGUGGAGGCAGAGGAAUAUCUUUUCAAAUGUAUUGGAAAAUACGAACAAAUCAGAACUUUUCUGAAAGGGAACAGUGAAUUCCAAAUGUCUCUGUUAGAAGUACACGGUACUUUUCCCUACCGGUUACUCACUCGCUUGCUUUGCCGUACUGGAAAAUUUCAAGAUGCUCUCUAUGCUGAAGAGCUAGGACGAGCAAGAGUCCUUGCAGAAUUCAUGGCAGAGAAGUACGCCGUGGAAAGUCACAUCUCAGCUGAUCCACAGUCAUGGUCCGGAAUUGAAAACAUCGUGAAAAGAGAAAGUAACUGUGUUUCUUUGUACAUUUCGUAUGAAGAACGGAGAGUUCUUCUCUGGGUAUUGAAAGAAAAUGGAGAGCUAUGCUUUCGAGAAACAGACGAAGUGGAAGUAGACACUCUUAUUGAUGAGAAAGUUUGCGAUCUGGAAGGAAUUUUCAAAAAGAGCGCCGCCGGCUUUGGCGUUUUACCCGCAGCAAACUGCGAGGAUCGAUCCUUGGAUGACAACGUGAAGACAUCUCUUCAUGAUGAGAGCCGAGAAAAUUUGCGAGCUGACGAAACCAAAGAUACCGAAAGAAUUCAUCAUUUGUGCUACAAAUGGAUCAUCGCUCCAGUGGCAGAUUUACUUACAGAGCCCGAAAUCAUCAUUGUGCCAGAUCGUUUUUUGUACCGAGUCCCAUUUGCUUUAUUGCGUGAUGAACCGGCCGGAAAGUACUUAUCGGAGAAGUACAGAAUACGCAUUGUCCCUUCUCUGACGACUCUCCGGAUCAUACAAGAAAGUCCAGCGGACUACCACAGUCAAACAGAUGCACUAGUUGUAGGUGAUCCUACGGUCGGCGAAGUUUAUUACAAUGGACAUCUCACUGACAUUACACCAUUGUUCUGUGCACGUAAGGAAGCAGAGAUGGUUGGUGGACUGCUGGGCGUUCAGCCUUUGUUAGGAAGUCGCGCAACAAAGCAAGCGGUACUUCACGCAAUAACUUCCGUGAGUCUGAUACAUCUUGCCGCACACGGAAAUCCCAAAAGAGGGGAGAUUGCCCUCUCUCCUCAACGUACUUCUAACAUUACUCCACAAGAGGAAGACUACCUACUGACAAUGCCCGAAAUCCAAGGAGUGCAAGUGCGAGCUAAACUGGUAGUACUCAGCUGCUGUCACAGUGGGCGUGGCCUGGUUAAAAAGGAAGGAGUUAUUGGAAUCGCUCGGGCAUUCUUAGCAUCCGGUGCACGUUCAGUGUUGGUUGCAUCGUGGGCUGUAGAAGACGAAGCAACGGAGAAGCUCAUGAAACAUUUCUACAAACACCUUGUUCGUGGAGAAAGUGCCAGUGAAUCUCUUCACCAGGCCGUUCAAUGGUUGAGAAACAAUGGUUUCCCCAAACCUCGCCAAUGGGCUCCGUUUGUUUUGAUGGGGGAUAACGUGACAUUUGAUUUUACGAAAAAAGGGUAA